AUGAUACACCAAAAAUCAAGGGUGAAAUGGACUUUGGAAGGUGACCUAAAUACCAGGUUUUUUCAUGCAUCAUUAAAGUCGCGCAUUAGAAACAACUCAAUAUCAACAAUUAAAUGGGGCAACCGGUUGAUUGAAGAUCCCACAAAUAUUAAGGUUUCUGCUGUGCAAUUUUUUAAGGAGAAGUUUCAAAGUAUACUGGUGAAGCGUCCUAAGCUGGACUUGCAUGAUGUGGUUAAGCUUAGUUCAGUGGAGAAGGAUAUGUUGGAGGUUGAUUUCAUGAAAAAGGAUAUGUAUGAAGUAGUCUUUGAAUGUGAUGGUAAUAAAUGCACUAGCGCAGAUGGAUACAAUUUCAAAUUUCUGAAACAUUGUUGGGAGAUUGUGGGAUCUGAUGUGACAAAUAGUGUGUUAGAAUUCUUUAACACAACUUCCUUGCCCAAGGCCUUUGUAUCAUCAUUCAUUGCGUUGGUGCCUAAGGUGGAUAAUCCACUUUGCUUUGAUGAGUUCAGACCAAUCAAUUUGACAGGUUGUAUCUUGAAAGUGGUUUCAAAGUUGUUAUCUAAAAGGCUAAACUGA